AUGAAAACACGAUCUAUACUUCCUUCUCAAAUUAAAAAUAAAGUUAAAAGAGAAGAAAUCCAUGCCAAACAAAAUCAGGAGAAAUCUCGCCGAAAAAUGGAGCUUAGGCUUCAACGGCGGAAGGAGGAAGCCGAGGAUCCAACUAAAAAAGAGGAACGUUUAGCAAAGAAUGUUCCUAAAACACUUGAAAACACACGAGAAUUCGAUGAGACAAUAGUAGAACCCGAAGAUACAGAAAUAUUGGAAGAUGAAAAAACAGAUGAAUUUUCCCUAUAUUUUAAAGAGGGCGUAUCACCAAAAAUGCUUAUUACUACUAGUAAAAGGCCAUCAAAAUCUGUAUAUGAAUUUGCUUCUGAAUUAAUUGAUGUAUUUCCAAAUAGUAAAUUCGUUAAAAGGGAAAGUAAAUUUUCAUUUAAACAAAUUAUUGAAUUUUGUACGAAUAGAGAUUAUACAGAUUUAAUGGUCGUUAAUGAAGAUAAAAAAGUUCCAAACGCUAUUACUUUGAUACAUUUACCAAAUGGACCUACUGCAUACUUCAAAUUAACCAGUAUCAAAUUGAAUCACAAUAUUCAAGGUCAUGGAAGAUCAUCGUGUCAUAAACCUGAACUUAUUUUAAACAAUUUUAAUACAAGAUUGGGUCAUACAAUUGGAAGAUGGCUUCAAGCAUUAUUUCCUCAUGUACCGGAAUUUAAAGGAAGACAAGUUGCUACCUUUCAUAAUCAAAGAGAUUUUAUAUUUUUUAGGCGACAUAGUAAGGAUAAAGCAGAAUUACAGGAACUUGGACCAAGAUUUACAUUAAAGCUUAAAUGGUUACAAAAAGAUACUUUUGAUAAAAAUGGAGAAUAUGAAUGGAUGUUUAAGCCGGAAUUGGAAACAAGCAGACGACGAUUUUUCUUGUAA